AUGUCCACCUCAUUUGAUCUCGGCUUCGCCGUCGGCGAACCAAUCAUCUGCCUGAACACCUCCUGCAACUACCCCUUCGGACGCAUCUGCUCCGAGUGCUCUAUCGAAUUCGAGGCUCGAGCUGCUUUGCAAGCACAAUCCCAAGCAGAAUCCCAAGCUCAAUCGAAAACCAACCCCAACCCCAAUUCCGAUUCCAAGAACCGAGUCCCCAAAACUCAAAGUCAUCCCGCACCAUCACGAAGUCGAAGCACAACCAUCCAAUCUCGCAGCCGAGAUAUCUCCGAACGCGUCGCGGAUAUUGUAGAGGAUCUCCAGGGGAUAUUCGCUUUUGUGCCUGUAACCUCAACAGUAGCUGCUGCAUCUUCAGCUGCUGCUGCGGUACCUGCAGCACUACCCCCAAAACCAACUCCUCACACUCCACCCCCCCCACCCCCCAAUCCACUCAACGCCUCUGUCCUCAACAUCUGGCUCAACGACAUCGUACUCCGAACCCUCGAAGGCGAAAUCCUCUCUCCUUCAUCUACUGGCGAUACUUUUACCGGCGGCGCAGAAGAAGAAGAUACUCUGGAUACUAUGUGUCCGUAUUGUGAUGGAUCGAUGGGAGAAGGUGCGUGGAGGGAAUUACAUCUGAUUCAGUGUCGGUAUGCGCAUGUUGAGAAGGAGAGGUUGGAGAUUGCGAUGGGGAAGAAGGGAUGA